ACGGAAUUCGUGCAUGCCACAUUGACUCUUUCAAAUUGUCAGUUCGCUCUUGGGCGCCAUAAAUCCUUCUCUCUCCCUUCUUUCUCCUCUCUAUUACCCUGCUUUGAUUGCACCACUGCAUCAUCGUCUAGCACACCUUGCACCACCUUUGCAAUUCCCUCCGCGCCAAUGGCUAGCAGUUCGCCCGAGGUCACCCUGGAGACAUCUGUGGGGCCUAUCACGAUAGAGCUGUAUGACAAGCAUGCCCCGAAGACGGUGCGGAACUUCGUGGAGCUGUCGCGGAAGGGCUACUACGAUGAUGUGAAGUUCCACAGGAUCAUACCAAACUUUAUGAUCCAGGGGGGUGAUCCAACGGGCACAGGCAGAGGGGGAGAGUCAAUCUACGGGGCCAAGUUCGAGGACGAGAUUAGUCCAGAGCUGAAGCACACGGGCGCAGGAAUCCUGAGCAUGGCCAACGCGGGGCCCAACACGAACGGCUCACAAUUCUUCAUCACGCUCGCCCCCACGCCCUGGCUCGACGGGAAGCACACAAUCUUUGGGAGAGUCAGUCAAGGCAUGGAGAACGUGAAGAAGCUGGGGACGGUGCAAACGGACAGAAACGAUAGACCGGUGCAAGACGUGAAGAUUCUCCGCACGAGUGUGCGAGAUUAGGUUACCGCUGGCAGCACACGUGCAUUACAUAUAACGUGCGGACACAUGUCAAGUUAAGAGAGUAGGCCAGUCCAAUUACGUUCUGCAAUUAACAUUCAUUCUUCGGCCGAGGGGAGAUCGGGGACCCGCAUGAGAGGUCCUCGAGGGCGCACUUAGCAGGGGCGUCAGCUUGCAAACAAGCCUAGAGAUUUAGGAGCAGAAACGGUGGCGACCAGAAUCCUUUGAACGGUUUAGCAAGUCCGGGAACCAACCCUUUCCCAAAGCGUGGGCAGGAGUGGCAAUCUGUUGUAGACCUGUUACCUGGUAUUUUCGGUACACCUUUGAUCGAUUCUAGAACGUGGUUGGUGCAUGUGCCCCAGCUUGAGAGGCC